AUGGGCCUGCUACUGCGUGUGGCCUUGUUGCUCACCAUUGUGUGCGUGAGCGUGCGCGUGUACCUGGAGAUGGCGCGAACGGACGCACCUGCGCUCCGCACCACCUGGACGGGGAGGGUUGGACUUGAGAAGAGAGAGGGUAAAGAUGAAGAAUUGCCAAAACAGCAGCACAGGAAGGUGCAUCGGUGGCGCAUAGAGCUGCAGCCUUGGGCCAAACAAAGUCACUCUCUGGAGGAUGAAGCCAAACGAUUUCUUCGUUACAUCACAACACCACAAGUAUCCUGCAUGAGCCCCCAUGUGGACCCAGAUGGAGGCUGGGCUGUGUGUUUGGACCCGAAGUACAGCCUGACUCACAAGAUGCAACAAAAGCACUGUCGGGUCUAUUCAUUUGGGUUGGGGCCAAAUACUCGUAACGUUGAACAGUACCUAGCGACAUCUGGCUGCAAGGUCCACAUCUUUGACCCCAGUUUGAAAGAGCUGCACCAGCAACGCAGUGAAAUGUGGCUCCACCGCUUAUCCGUAGACUGGAGGGAUCCCCACCCUGCUGUCAUCGCGCAGCGUCAGAACACCAAAAAACUGGCCACCAUUCUCAACGACUUUGGUCACAGACAGGUGGACGUACUGAAAGCAGACAUGGAGAGUGCCGAGUGGAAGAUCCUCGAGAAUUUAAUCCUGGAAGGAGUUCUGGACUUUGUCGGUCAACUGCUUUUGGAGAUUCACCUCCAUUGGGCAGGUUUUGAAGUAGCAGGAGACGAUCCUUCCGUGGUACGAUUUUGGUUCAGUUUGCUCAAGGAGCUGGAACACGCCAACUUCCGGCUCUUCCACGUGCACAGUGACCGGGCGUUACCACAAAUCUUUCUGCACAAGAACAUCCUCAAUGCUAGCAGUGCCUACACCUUAGCAUGGGUGAACACGCGGUGGACUGGGGGCUAA